ACAAACCUGAAACACAGUAAAUAGUUCAUUGACUCACCCGCGUCGAGAGGGAUCCUCCCUAAAGGAAUUUACAGAACAACAAUGGUCCUGUAGGAAGACUUCGCAAACACUCCUUAAUUCAAUAACCCGCAAGCAGGAGGCAUUUGCAUCAAGUAGUGAGACCUGGGGCAAGCCAAGGGCUGCCUUGGCCCGGCGAAUCUUUUCAAGGGGGUAGAGAGGGGAGAGGCAGCUCUGCAGGGCGGGUUCUUUCCAGUGAGUGUGGGGGGCUCUCCCGUGAGCGAGGGGGCUACGGGCAGGCAGCUGCGGAGGGAGGGACCCUCUCUUCAGAAAGAGGAGGGAAGGGGCGGGCAGGUUUGGGCAGGGGGACUCUCCAGUGAGAGAAGGGGGAGCAGGCAGAGCUGGGGGAGCACUUCUGCGAGUGAAAGAGCUGGGGAGACUCUUGUGCGUUCCCCACAGCGCACAGGCCGGCGGGAAAGCCCUGAACCCCCUCGCCCCCCAGCCGAGCGCCGCGAAGCCCUGCCCCGCCUCUCCCAAGAUGGCGGCGGCCCCUCCCCCGAUCCCAAGGGCUGGGGCGGAGCCCCUGGAGCCAGUCCUCUCGCAGCUGCGGGGACGGUUAUGUGCGAGCGCGGCGGGGCCGCUGUGGGACGGGGCUGGCGGUUGGCAGGAGCCCGAGCGGAGAGAGCUGCGCGCGCCGGGCUCUCCCAGGAUUUCAUAGAAAGGAAUUUAUACUGGGUUUUGAUGACUGACAUGUCAGAUGUUCCAGAAUACCAUCUAGAGAACAGGUACAACUCAGGAAUGGCUGUGCAAGUCUCUACCAAUGGGCACUAACCCUUACCUGGACAAAGGAUCACCUUGAGAAUACCUGUAAAAGAUGGUGGAUCGCUUGGCAAACAGUGAAGCAAAUACUAGACGAAUAAGCAUAGUGGAAAACUGUUUUGGAGCAGCUGGUCAACCUUUGACAAUUCCUGGUCGUGUUCUGAUUGGAGAAGGAGUGUUAACAAAGCUGUGUAGGAAAAAACCUAAAGCAAGACAAUUUUUCUUAUUCAAUGAUAUUCUUGUCUAUGGGAACAUUGUUAUCCAGAAGAAAAAAUACAACAAACAGCACAUAAUUCCACUGGAAAAUGUCACUAUUGAUUCCAUCCAAGAUGAGGGGGACUUACGGAAUGGGUGGCUUAUCAAGACACCAACAAAAUCUUUUGCAGUUUAUGCUGCCACUGCCACAGAGAAAUCUGAAUGGAUGAGCCACAUAAAUAAAUGUGUUUCAGAUUUGCUUUCUAAAAGUGGGAAGACUCCCAGUAAUGAACAUGCAGCUGUCUGGGUACCUGACUCAGAGGCUACUGUUUGUAUGCGUUGCCAGAAAGCAAAAUUUACACCUGUCAAUCGUCGUCACCACUGUCGCAAAUGUGGUUUUGUUGUAUGCGGACCCUGUUCUGAAAAGAGAUUUCUUCUUCCCAACCAGUCCUCCAAGCCUGUGCGGAUUUGUGACUUCUGUUAUGAUCUUCUUUCUACUGGAGAGAUGACUGCUUGCCAGCCCACUAGAUCGGACUCUUACAGCCAGUCACCUAAAUCCCCUAUAAAUGAUGUAUCUGAUGAUGACGACGAUGAUGAUAGCAGUGACUAAGGACCAAAUGUUUUCAGGUGCUGCAGUUGAUGUUUUGAACCAUAAAGAGCUGCUUUUGGGGAAACCUGUACUAGACUUUUCGGAAAUUCUAUUCUAGCCAUAACAUUUGCCUGAGUAUCUUCAACUACAAUGUGCCUCGAUAUGAAUGCUCUAGACAAUAGGUUUUCACACUUCUGCAGGGAUAGAUUGUGGCAAAUAUUCAGAUAAUUUUCCAACUUCUUAUACUUGAGUCAUGUCUAGAGUAGACUUUUUGUUGAAGAUUGGAAAACUUCAGCAUAGCUUUCUUUAUUUAACAACCAUGCUACAUUGUUUGAUAGGGAUACUUUAUCAUUUUUGGGGGGUUUUAUAUGGGAAAAUAACCUGCAUGAAACUGAUAAAUAUAUUUUGGUUAAUUCCAUCAAAUUAUUAGCUUUUUCUAACCAUGUUAUGCAGUGAUACAUUGAAUUG